AUGGCGUUCAAGCACGAGCUGGCGGUGCAGCUGGUGGGACCGUCGCUCGUGCGAGCUGACGUCACGGCUGAGAGAGGCGACGUCAGCUGGUGGCGGGUGGCAUACCGUGUAUGGGACGCUGGCUUGUACGAAGCGGUCGUUCGGUCCGGAUGCGGCUCUUUGAACUAUUCCGCUUCCUUCGCUCACGCACAUGAGCACGACAUGGCGCAAUGGACCCUCGCCGUCCGUCCCAGUCGCAAGCUCAAGACCAGCACACUUCCAGCAGCCCGGGUUCAGCAGGAACCGUCCUUCUCACUUUCCGAGGCAGCAAAGGGGGACGCAGUGGCUGAUGGAAUGUUGGGUUCAGCCUGUGACCACGGCGCCUCUCACGGCCGCUGGCUGAGGGAUGGCAGCACCGGAAAUUACAGGUGGGAGUUCUUCCCGUGUGCGCCUCCUCUUCCUCCGCCAUCCCACUGGGUCUCAGCCUUGGCAUCACGUGGCAUCAGGGAGAUCAACUUCGUGGGCGACUCACACCAACGCUUACUGAUGCUGCACCUUGCUUUCCUCUUGACGCACAGCGUCAAUGACUCCCAUGUGGGCUAUCAUGGGGAUAUCUCCAUCUCUGUACCUGGCCCUGCUCCAGCUUAUGAUACAGCACCACGGGGAGAUGAUGUGGCGUUGGGCGUGCGAGGGGGUCUUAGGGGGGGAAAUGGGGUGAAUCAGCAGCAAGAGCAGGAGAAGAAGCAGCGGCAGUUUGAGGGACUGAAGCUGAAUUUCUACUGGGUUGAUGGCAUUUACCGAAAUGGGCAAUUCGGAUGCGAGUAA